CGCGGGAAUUCUGGUGAUGGAUAAUAAAUAUUGGUUCAGUCAGUUGCUUCAGUACUAUGUGUGCAGGCAUUUGUGCAGGAGGUAUUGAUUUGUUUCAACUGUUCGAUGUCUGACAACGUCUCCGACCAUGCACAGGUGUUAGCACUGUCAGCUAUUGGUAAUAAUUUUGGCAUUAUUGGCUUUCUGUUCGGUAAUAUCGAUGGGGAAGGAAAAUAUGAAGGUGAUCUAUUCACACUGGUUGAAGGAGAAACACUAGAAAAUCUGAAAACGUUCGGAUUCGAUUUGAUGGUGAAGGACAUCUUUGUGGACGAUUAUGGAAAUGGGAUGAUCGACUACAUGGAUGAGGAUGCCAUUGAGAAAACCGGGGAGGAACAAUAUAAGAAGGCCGAGGAUGAACAAAAUCAUGCAGGGGAUGAGAUGGAGAGUGGCGAAGAUUUCCAUACAGCUGAAUUGGCAGAACAUGAAAAUGCACAGCUGGAUGAAGGUUAUGAUGAUGAUGAUUAUGAUGCUAAUGAAGAAGAGGAUUAUGAUGCUUAUGAAAAGGUCUUGGCAACACAGCAGCAAUGUUUCACUGGAAUUGAAGCUCUGAUGAAAAACUAAUUGGUCUGAAAAGGUGCAUAAAGUGGGCAUGCUCGGAUAGAACACACACUUAAUCAUGUUUAAGAUGUAGGUACCUAGGUACUUAUUAUGUAAAAUUCAUUGAAUAAAUGUUUAACCUAUAGAUUUUCU